AUGGACAACGGAGAUAUUGAAGGUGGUGGUGGUUUAGAGGACGAAUUCCACGCGAAGCAGAGUGGUCGCAAAUACAGGCCUGUGGUGGCUCACGAUCCCGCCGUCCUUGAGAUGUCUUCCGUUCCUCCAGGAUCUUCCGCCUCCUCAUCCUCCUCCUCUAAUCACCAACCUAACCUCAAGAAAAUUAUAGUAAGUUCCACCCAGGCAGAAACAAAAAUGAAUUCUGAUAGUGCAAAUGAUAAUAAUGAUAAUGGGUCAGAAAGAGAGCACAAAUUGGAAUUGUUUGGUUUUGAUUCCCUUGUCAACAUUCUUGGUCUUAAGAGUAUGACAGGGGAACAACUUGCCGCACCGUCUAGUCCCAGGGAUGGUGAAGAUGGUUCUAUCUCUUUUGAUCGAGAUCGCCCAAGGGCUAAUGAUCUUAAACUGGGAACAAUGAUGGGUGUUUUCGUCCCAUGCUUGCAAAACAUACUCGGAAUUAUCUACUAUAUUCGAUUUUCUUGGCCUAUGAUAUCCGCUCAUGAACCUGGUGCUGAUUGUAAUAUUCAGUAUACCUACGACAUGGACAUUUAUGAGUUGUGUGUUGUAUUUAGAUUGUUAGAGGUUUCUAUUCUGAUUGUUGGCAUGGCUGGGAUAGGUGAAUCUCUGCUGCUGGUAGCAUUUUGUGGUUUGUGUACUUUCCUAACGGGAAUAUCACUGAGUGCUAUUGCAACUAAUGGUGCAAUGAAGUUUAGUUGGUUUGUUCAAGAGAUAGUUAAAAUUGAGGAGGGGAAGAAUGUGAAGGACUAUCUUGGUGGGGGACCGUAUUAUCUCAUUGGUCGUGCCCUUGGUCCAGAGAUUGGAGUGAGUAUUGGAUUAUGUUUCUUUCUUGGGAAUGCAGUUGCUGGAGCUCUUUAUAUAUUGGGAGCUGUAGAAACCUUUUUAAAAGCUGUUCCUGCUGCUGGGAUAUUCAGAGAGACUAUAACAAAAGUUAAUGGUACGGAGAUUCAGCAUCCCAUACAAAGUCCAAGUUCACAUGAUCUGCAAAUUUAUGGAAUUGUUGUGACAAUCGUCCUAUGCUUUAUUGUGUUUGGUGGUGUGAAGAUGAUCAAUCGAGUUGCACCUGCUUUCCUCAUUCCUGUUUUGUUCUCGCUUUUCUGCAUAUUUAUUGGGGUAUUUUUGACAAAGAAGGAUUACCCUGCCGAUGGAAUCACGGGCUUGAGUUUGGAAAGUUUUAAAGAAAACUGGAGUUCAGAUUAUCAAUUUACUAAUAAUGCUGGAAUACCUGAUCCUGAAGGAAAGGUCUACUGGAAUUUCAAUGCAUUGGUUGGCCUAUUUUUCCCUGCUGUAACUGGAAUUAUGGCGGGCUCUAAUAGAUCAGCAUCACUAAAAGACACACAACGUUCAAUUCCCAUUGGUACAUUGGCUGCUACUCUUACAACUACUGUACUAUAUCUAGUUUCUGUGUUUUUCUUUGGAGCACUUGCAACUAGAGAGACGCUCUUGACAGACAGGCUACUUACUGCUACAAUUGCCUGGCCUUUCCCUGCCAUCAUCUACAUUGGUAUCAUUCUUUCAACCUUGGGUGCUGCUCUUCAAAGCAUGACAGGUGCCCCACGCCUGCUUGCAGCCAUAGCCAAUGAUGACAUUCUGCCUAUUCUUAACUAUUUCAAAGUUGCAGAUGGACAUGAGCCUUACAUUGCUACUCUCUUUACUGCAUUUGUCUGUAUUGGGUGUGUCGUUAUUGGGAAUUUAGAUCUUAUCACCCCAACUGUAACUAUGUUUUUCCUUUUGUGUUAUUCGGGUGUGAACUUGUCUUGCUUCCUUCUGGAUCUUCUAGAUGCUCCCAGCUGGCGGCCACGGUGGAAAAUUCACCAUUGGAGCCUUUCUCUUCUUGGUGCAUCGCUGUGCAUAGUUAUCAUGUUCUUGAUUUCUUGGUCAUUCACUGUUGUGUCUCUGGCACUAGCAAGCCUCAUAUAUUAUUAUGUCAGCCUUAAAGGAAAGGCUGGGGACUGGGGUGAUGGCUUCAAGAGUGCAUAUUUUCAGCUAGCUCUCCGCAGUCUUCGAUCACUGGGAGCUAACCAAGUGCAUCCAAAGAAUUGGUAUCCAAUCCCCCUUAUAUUCUGCCGGCCAUGGGGAAAGCUGCCUGAAAAUGUUCCCUGCCAUCCCAAGCUUGCUGACUUUGCAAACUGCAUGAAGAAGAAAGGCCGUGGGAUGUCCAUAUUUGUCUCUAUACUAGAUGGAGACUACCACGAACAUGCUGAAGAUGCUAAGGCAGCCUGUAAGCAACUAAGUACCUACAUUGAUUACAAGCGUUGUGAAGGUGUCGCAGAGAUAGUUGUAGCCCCCAAUAUGUCUGAAGGUUUUCGUGGAAUUGUCCAGACUAUGGGUCUUGGCAAUCUGAAGCCCAACAUUGUGGUGAUGCGGUAUCCUGAAAUCUGGCGUCGCGAAAAUCUAAAAGAAAUACCAGUCACCUUUGUUGGAAUAAUCAAUGACUGCAUUGUUGCGAACAAAGCAGUUGUUAUUGUCAAGGGUCUUGAUGAGUGGCCCAAUGAGUAUCAAAUGCAGUAUGGAACCAUUGACUUGUAUUGGAUUGUAAGAGAUGGUGGUCUAAUGCUUCUUCUUUCCCAGCUCCUACGAACAAAGAAGAGUUUUGAGAAUUGUAAGAUUCAGGUCUUCUGCAUUGCAGAGGAGGAUUCAGAUGCAGAAGAACUCAAAGCUGACGUGAAGAAGUUUCUAUAUGAUCUUCGGAUGCAGGCUGAAGUGAUUGUAAUAUCUAUGAAAUCCUGGGAUGUGCAAAUAGAGGGUGGAUCUCAACAAGAUGAAUGGUUGGAAUCACUUACGGCUGCUAAGCAGCGCAUUGCUGGUUACUUAGCUGAGAUGAAGAGGUCAGGUCAGUGGGAUGGGGAUAAGCUGAUGGCUGAUGGGAAACCAGUAGUUGUGAAUGAACAACAGGUAGAGAAGUUUCUUUACACAACCCUGAAGCUAAAUUCAACGAUAUUGAGAUACUCAAGAAUGGCAGCUGUUGUGCUGGUGAGUCUACCCCCGCCUCCAGUAAACAACCCAGCUUACUUUUACAUGGAGUACAUGGAUCUGUUAGUCGAGAAUGUGCCAAGGCUUUUGAUGGUAAGAGGAUACCGUAGAGAUGUUGUAACUCUAUUCACAUAG